GAGAUUCUCCCUUCAUCGUUCAUGGAGGAAGAGAGGUUUUUACGACCAGCUCAGCCAAACACAGGAAACUAGGCAACUUAUCAGGUUUAGCGGGUUUUUGACAAUUUAAAUGUUUGCUCUAAAUGGUAAUUUAGGCACAUUUUUCAAGUCUGCAGAAUUUGGGGAAAGUGCAUCUAGGAAAAACGGGGAUGGCAUAAAGAUAUAAUGAGUGAAAUCAUAAUCGUAUCGGUGAUUCAACUGGUGGUCAAGACACACAAAAUUGAAAUAUUUUAAUUUAUAUGAGGUUAAAGGUAAAAAGCAUACCCUUUUGGAGAAGGUUCUGAAAGUACUCAAGUAUGAGACCAGUAAGGUUCCUCCUCCUUCUGUGCGCACUUUGCCAUCAGACCCUGGCUUUCCCCUCCCAAACAGGAUACUCAGAAGAUGACAAUCGACAAUUCCAGGUCACCAUCUCCAAGGCAACCCCGAUUUCCACUGCACAGCUAGGAGGCUCCAUCACAAUCCCAUGUAUGGUGUCCCUUUCCCCUGGGCUCCCCUCGUCCUCCUCGCCCCCCAUCCCGCCCCGGGUCAAGUGGAGCGUGUUGCAUGAUGGGGAGCAGGAGGAGACAGAGAUCCUGGUGGCGCGGGGUCAAAGGGUGAAGGUCAACGAGGCCUACGGAGAACGAGCUUCCCUGGUCAACUUUGCAGACUCGCCCGAGGACCUCUCCCUCUGGCUGGGGGAGCUGCGCUCAACAGACACAGGGCACUACCGUUGCGAGGUGCAGCAGGGCCUGGACGACGCCAGUGACUUCACACAGAUCAAGGUCAAAGGUGUGGUCUUCCACUACAGACAUGCCUCUGGUCGCUAUGCAUUUUCAUUCAGUGAGGCCCAGGCGGUGUGCGAGAGCAUUGGGGCACACAUCGCUACUCCUGACCAGCUUCUGGCAGCCUAUUACGAUGGCUAUGAGCAGUGUGAUGCCGGCUGGCUUGCUGACCAAUCUGUCAGAUAUCCAAUCCAAGUUCCGCGGGAAGGUUGCUAUGGUGACAUGGAUGGUCGCCCGGGAGUGAGGAACUAUGGGACGCUGAAACCAGAGGAGCUGUUUGAUGUGUAUUGUUAUGUGGAGCAUAUUGAUGGGGAGGUGUUCCAUGGCUCUGCCCCUAAGCAGCUGUCAUUGAAUGAGGCUUGGGCGUACUGCGAGAAGGAAGGGGCAGAGCUGGCUACCACAGGGCAGCUGUACAUGGCAUGGAGUGAGGGUCUGGACCGCUGCAACCCUGGCUGGCUGUCUGAUGGCAGCGUGCGCUACCCCGUCAUCACCCCUAGAGCGCGCUGUGGAGGUCCACAGGCAGGGGUCAAGACCCUGUAUCGCUACAGCAACCAGACAGGCUUCCCUGAAUCCUCCAGCCGCCAUGAUGUUUACUGUUUCAGAGAGAUUGACCUAGGUGUCCACCAGGGAAUGCACACAGACAGAUCCCCCACCUCUGAACCCUCUGACUUCACCACUCACAUGUCUGCCUCCCCUGAAGCCACGAGCAUCUCCAGUGAGCAGCAGACAGGCGUUCCGCAUUCAAGCAACAUCUCAUCUGGACUGGAUCAUUCUGAAGAGCUGGGACUGGAUGUGUACUCCACAGUAGCUGUGUACUCCACAGUAGGCCAUCCACCAGGAACCUCCCAGGGAACUUCCUCCGCUAGACCGGAAGGCAGCACCAGUCUAGAUUUCGAGGGUAUCGUCAAUCCAGAGAGAUUGGAACCUUCAGGAACAGUGGAGCUGGCACCAGGGGAGUUUGAUGAGGAGCACCUGGGGUCUGGAGAGGAAAUAGCUAUGACUGAGUCUCCAGACCUGUCCACCACCUCCCAGCUGCCUGUCGAGUUUACCACAAUGGGCUAUCAAACAACGGCCAUGUCCAGAAUAGAGGUGGAUCCCACAACCACGGACCCUGAAGAAGACGGAAGUGGACAUGAGCCAGGCACUGAUGAACCGUCCCUCGGAGAAAAAGUUACAGUCUUCCCCCUUGAGUCGCAAACAACCAGUUGGGAUCUGCACCGUACCACCUCUGCACCCCAAGAGUCUCAGGACGACCUUGAAUACAGCGGGGAACCCGCUUCCUCCUCUUCCCAGACAGAGUUUCCAGACUCCUCAGCAGAACCUGAACUGUUUGGGUCAGACUCCUUGUCCACCUCAAGUACAGAUCCCACCGCUGCCACUAUGUCCACAUCCACCGUGUACACAUCCACAGAGUGGGCUACACAGACCUGGAGCCCCGUCACCUCCACUACACAAAGUCCCCCAGAGCCAGAGAGGGUGACGGCUCUUAAACACCCUGUGGAUCAUGGCCAGAUGGAUCUGGAAUUCGGCCUCACCCAGCCGCCAACCCUGCUCAUCUUGCCCAAUGAGAGAGCUGCUGUGGGCAGUUCCAGGAAGAUUUCAGAUGCCUGUCUGGAGGACCCCUGUGCCAAUGGCGGCACCUGCGUCGAGAUGGGCGGGAGCACCAAAUGCCUCUGUUUGCCCAGCUAUGGAGGUGACCUCUGUCAGAUGGAUCUGGAGCAGUGUGGGGGGGGCUGGCAGAAGUUCCACGGGAACUGCUACAAGCACUUCAACCAGCGGCUGAGCUGGGAGGUGGCGGAGCAGCACUGUCGCAUGGUGGGGGGCCACCUGGUGUCAAUCAUGACCCCUGAGGAGCAGGACUUCAUUAACAAUAACUAUAAGGAGUAUCAGUGGACUGGACUGAACGACAAGACCAUCGAGGGGGAUUUCCUCUGGUCCGAUGGUAACCCACUGCUCUAUGAGAACUGGUACAGGGGCCAGCCUGACAGUUACUUCCUGUCUGGAGAGGACUGUGUGGUGAUGGUGUGGCAUGAUGCCGGGCGCUGGAGUGAUGUGCCCUGCAACUACCACUUGGCCUACACCUGCAAGAAAGGCACCUCUUCAUGUGGCCCUCCCCCCAAAGUCCGGAACGCAUCUGCGCUUGGCAGAAUCCGCCAGAGGUACGAGACAGACGCCAUUGUGCGCUACUACUGUGCCCAGGGCUUCCAGCAGAGACAAAACCCUCUGGUCAAGUGCCUGCCAGGUGGCAAGUGGGAGGAGCCCCAGAUCCUCUGCAUUCCUGGGGCAGGAAACACAGCACAGGUAGCAGGAGUAACAUCACCAACAACAGGAAACCAGGAGCUGACUGAAGAGGAAUCAUAAAAAAAGAAAACGCCUCACUACUGGGACAUCAAGUGGAACUUUUAAAUUCCAUACCAUGUCCCAUUACACUUCAAGAGUUUUCUUUCUUCAUUGACUAGAGAUCUGAAAUGGCUGAACGUGUGAAGGCAAUAUUGUGAUCUUGAAAGGAGACAAGGAAAGAGUAUUGGGACACAGGGUCAGUUUGGCAUUACAUUCCUACUCCUCAUCGAAGCACAUCGAUCUGAAUCUGUAGUUGGGAUAGCCUGGGCUUUAGGGUCUCUUGCAGCCCUACAUAGGAUGCCAUGAAUUGCAAUGGUGUGCUAGAUUGCAGAACACGGAACAUUUUCCGUGAAAAGUCCUUGGGAUUUCCGAAAAUCCUGUCACUGACGCAUGUCUGUUAUCAGUAACUCCUUGUCCAUCCAUCCGGAUUGUACACUAUAUAUAUAAAAGUAUAUGGACAUUGCUUCAAAUUAGUGCAUUUGGCUUUUUCAGCCACACCCAUUGCUGACAGGUGUGUAAAAUCGAGCACACCGCCAUGCAAUCUCCAUAGACAAACAUUGGCAGUAUAAUGGCCUUAUUGAAGAGCUCAGUGACUUCUGACAUGGCACCGUCAUAGGAUACCACCUUUCCAACAAGUCAGUUCGGCAAAUUUCUGCCCUGCUAGAGCUGCCCCGGUCAACUGUUAGUGCUAUUAUUGUGAAGUGGAAACGUCUAGGACCAAAAACAGAUCAGCCACAAAGUGGUAGGCCACACAAGCUCACGGAAAGGGACAGCCAACUGCUGAAGCUCCAACUGUGUUAGACAGUGGUAGGAUACACGGUAGCUCGUCUUGAGAAAAUUUGGUUCAGACGGAUUCUUUAACGAUAUCCACACAUUGUACAAUCCAGAAGGACGGACAAGGAGUAAUGGGUUAUAAAUAUGCCUUAGGUAGCAGAGUUUUUGGAAACCUGGAUGCCAAAGGAUUUUUCACCAAAUAUGUCCCGGGCUCCAAAUUAUAGCGAUCUAGGAUGCCAUUGCAUUCAAUGUGCGAUGUCAACUGUAGGCCCAGGACUCUUGUUGGUUUUAAACAGCCGUCAUCACGCUAACGGUGUCAAUCAUUGUUUAUUGACUAUUAUUGGCAAAUCAGCUUUAUAAAUCCACCCAUCAUAUUUUAAACAACAGCUGGUCUGUUUGCAAUUCCAUUCAUAUUCCAUCAGCUAGGGAUUACCUGGGGUCUGUUCAGGAGGGGGAAUGUUACAGAACGUUCAGAUAGAAAUGUAUUGUGUAGAACAGAUAUGAUUGUCCAGCCUGGCCUCAGAGCCAUAUUAAAUAUACUUGAUGUAUUUCUGAGCACCUCCAAGACGUAUGAUACCUACUAAUGGUCUAGUUACUUGAGACAGAAACUCAAGUAGGGGAGGUUGGUCGGGGAGGAUGGGUGGGCGUAAUCUGCGACAAUCUAGCAAUCCAAGGUUUUGCAUGUGUGAGCCGCAUCAGGGUCAUCUGUAGCAUUUUAGCUAACCCUUAUUCUAAACUUUACCCAAUACACCUAACCUGCUAUGUAAAUUGACCUAACCUUUGUCGUUUUAGUUCUCCUAACCUUUGUCGUUUUAGUUCUCCUAACCUUUGUCGUUUUAGUUCUCCUAACCUUUGUCGUUUUAGUUCCCCUAACCGCCCAUGUAAAUUCUCCCUGUAAUUCUCCUUUGUUGUUACAGCGCAACAAGGAACCUGGCCUCAGAUAAAGACCUGCAAUACUAUACGUCCUCCAAGACGUAUGAUAAGUUACGUCACCCAAUUCGUAUGUUUUGUAUGACCGGGUAACACCUAUGACACUGUACGUCCUCGAAUUCGAAUGAUAUUGUACGACUGCUAUUCCAUUUAGAAUCUAAUGCAACGUGUCAUACUAAAUUGAGUCUUAGACUGUCACAGAUGUACGUACAGAAUAAUAUGAAUUGCCCUGAGACCACAUUGGAUUGCCUGUAGACUUGGGGACGAAUGUAGUUCUAUUAAUAAUAUUUCUACCUGCAAUGUUUUUGUUUUUGUCUCACUGAGUACACUCCAGGACAGGUGAGUCAUUAUUGGGAUGUUUGGUUGAGUGUCAGGGAAGACACACAACAGACUCUGUGGUCCAUAUUCAAACCUGUCCCACGUCACAACCUCUAGGUCCUUUGAGGCCCCUUCAUAGAACUAAAAAGGACUGUAUAGGUGUACACAAUAUUGUGGGAACUCUGCCAAGCCUACCAGAGGACUAGGUGAGGCUAUUACCAUAUUGCUGAUACCAAUCCAAAUAUUUCAGAUCCACAAGGUGAUUUGACAAAGUCUUUAGAAAUGAAGCAAUGGUUGGUUUGGAAAUGGAGCAUCAAAAUCCCUGUCCUCCUAGGAACCCAUAUCAACUCUUCAACUCAGCAUUAUUUCCAUCUCAACUUUCUCACAACCAUAGAUAGGCCUUCUUAGACUUUUAUCCACAACAGACUUUAUAUGAAAUAUGGUGCUCACACUCUUGCCUAUGGUGCAUUUUGACCUCCUUUUAAAUUGUAAAGAAUCAAAAUGGCACGUUUGUGCAGUAGGAUGUCAGAAAACAAAGUGACUCCAAGCACAGCAUGUUUACAAAGCCAAUUCCAUUAUCAAACUAAAAUGUACAUUUCACACAGUGGUUUAUUUAUUCACUCUUAACUAUUUUGGGGUGAAAAAGGCUAGAGUGGAUAGCCUGCAAUUGUUUUUACAAGGGUGACAAUGCCUUUACUGUACGUAUCAAUGAUAUUGGUUAGAUUUUGUUUCAAAGUAUUGUUGAAUUACUGUCCACUCUUCCCUGUGAUAGAUGCCCUACAUUUUACUGAUACAGUCCUAUGAAAAGCUUUAUGUUGUAAUAAAGUUUUGUAGAAUAAAGCAAGGACUUAAUCAGAAUUAAACCACAAAGCCAUUUUCAGACAUAUUCUUUGUUCUUUAUUUUCUGAUUUUAUAAGUAUCUUUUCCAGUAACACUCUUCCUUUAUAAACAAAAUAAAAUAACACAACGUU